GUGAAAAGAGAGUGCAUCUUGUUUUUUGUUUUUAUAAAUAUAUAUAUAUUUCAUUUAUUAUUAUUUUUAUUUCAAUAAUUUACCUUAAUGCCUCGAGACAGUCAUUUAAAAAAGAUCUUGGGAAGCUCUACGUACAAUACUGUUGCAAGCAGUAAUGUGUUGCUUAUUGGUGCAGGUGGAAUUGGUUGUGAAGUACUCAAGAAUCUGGUUUUGAUGGGGUUCAAGAAUAUAUCGGUGGUAGAUUUGGAUACGAUUGAAAUAUCAAAUCUUAACCGUCAAUUCCUUUUUCAAAAAGAACAUGUUGGACAACCAAAAGCUCAUGUGGCAAGAGAAGCAGUGCUUAAAUUUCAGCCCAAAGCCAAUAUCACAUCCCACCACGCCAAUAUCAAAGACUCUCAAUUUGGAAUUGAAUGGUUCAAACAAUUCUCUUUUGUAUUGAACGCUCUUGACAACCUUGAUGCAAGAUACUAUGUCAAUAAAAUGUGCUUGGCUGCAGAAAUACCAUUAGUAGAAUCAGGAACAUCUGGGUACAAAGGACAGUCCUAUAUCAUCAAAAAGGGUGUUACAGAGUGCUUUAGCUGCAGUCCCAAACCAACUCCAACUACAUAUCCUGUAUGUACUAUUCGUAGUACUCCAAAUGCACCUAUACACUGCAUUGUCUGGGCAAAGAAUUUUCUCUUCUGUCAGUUGUUUGGUGAUGCUGAAUUAAGUGAUGCAAUCAAAGAGGACGCUUCUGAUGACAAUGGUAAAUAUUAUUUAUCUGAAUUGAAGAGAGAGGCUAAUGAUUUAAAAGAAAUCAAAAAUGCCAUGGGAACAGAGGAAUACACUAGAUUAGUAUUCACAAAGGUAUUCACAACUGAUAUUCAACGAUUAUUGGAUGCAAAUAUCUCUCGAGGAGGAAGAAAGCCUCCUUGUCCGUUAGAUUAUGAAACGCUUGAUAAACAAGCCAAAGAUCCAAAACAAACAGUUGAAAAUGAAGAUGGCCAGGAAACACUGGCAGACCGAAAAGUCUGGUCUCUUCCUGAAUGUUUCCAUGUAUUUAAAGAGAGUGCAAAUAAUCUUGCCUUGCAGUUGAUCGCUCAACAAGCAAACGAUCCCAAUGCUAUGCUUUCUUUUGAUAAAGACGAUGAUGUCGCUAUGGACUUUGUCACUUCAGCCUCAAAUUUACGAGCUUAUGUAUUUGAUAUCGAACAAAAGUGUUUAUUUGACGUCAAAUCCAUGGCAGGAAAUAUCAUUCCAGCAAUUGCUACCACAAAUGCGAUUAUCGGUGGUGAAGUAGUCAUGAAUGCUUACCGUAUCCUCAACAAUAAAAUUGAAAAAUCAAAGCGAAACUAUGUGGAUACACAAGUAGCCAAUGGUAGCGCUUUUAUGAAUGAAGAAAUAAGCAAACCAAACCCUGAAUGCGAUGUUUGCAAAUCCAAAAAUGUGCCAAUCCAAGUCAGCAAAGAAAGCGCAACUUUGGGAGAUAUAAUUGAUUCGAUUAUAUUGAAGCCAGUAGAAGACGGGGGCGUAGGUUUUGAUGAAGAAUUCCUGAUUAUGGACGGAAACAAGCUUAUUUACGAUCCCGACUAUGAUGAUAACAAGAAUUUGCUAUUGAAAGAGCUUGGUAUUCAAGAUAGCAGCAUAUUACGAGUUUCUCCUGAUGAAGGACAACCUCUUGAUCUUAUAGUUCAAUUUAUGUGA